AUGUCUCCAUCUCGCACAGUUCCGACCUUACUUCAGGCCGAAGUUGCUACUCAUAACACGGAGAAGAGUUGCUAUGUCACCAUGGGUACACGCGUGUUUGAUGUUACAGAUUUUAUCAGUAGCCACCCCGGAGGAGGCGACCUGGUUCUGGAAUACGGAGGGAAGGAUGUUACUGCGAUUUUGAAGGACGAUGUUUCACACAGGCAUUCCGAAGCCGCUUAUGAGGUGCUAGAGGAGGCCUUCAUCGGAUUUGUUGCCACGGAGAAAGUGGUGGAUGCUGCGGUCAAAAGCUCAAACCCGGAUUCGGCCUCAGAAGGAAUGGCUGAGUUGAAGGAGAACGGUUCUGCCAACGGACGUCCUGUCUAUGAGACCGGCUUGUCUUCGGAAGAAGAUCUUUCCAAGGAGACGGACAUUGUCACCGACUAUCAGACGCACAAGUUCCUCGAUUUGAACAAGCCACUUUUCAUGCAGAUGUGGUUUGGCGGAUUCAGCAAAGAGUUCUACCUGGAGCAAGUCCAUCGACCACGCCAUUACAAAGGAGGUGAAUCAGCACCGAUUUUCGGAAACUUUCUUGAACCCCUUAGCAAAACACCCUGGUGGCUCAUACCAAUCAUCUGGUUACCAUGUGUGGCAUACGGAACAUACCUUGCAAAGGAGGGUUUAAGCGUGUUUGAAGAGGCAGCGUACUGGCUCUUGGGUUUGUUCCUGUGGAGUUUGGUAGAAUAUAUCAUGCACAGGUUCUUGUUCCAUCUCGACUAUUAUCUCCCUGACAAUAGGGUCGCUCUUACGCUGCACUUUCUGUUGCAUGGCAUCCACCAUUAUCUUCCCAUGGACAAACUUAGAUUGGUCAUGCCACCAACCCUCUUCGUCAUCCUUGCAGCUCCGUUCUGGAAACUGGCACAUACCGUCUUCUUUUGGAACUGGUCUAUAGCAACAGCCGUUUACUGCGGUGGUAUCUUCGGGUACGUAAGCUAUGAUCUGACUCAUUAUUUCCUGCAUCACAAAUCGUUGCCUGGAUACUAUAAAGGGUUGAAGAAAUACCAUCUUCAGCACCACUUCAUGGACUACGAGAAUGGGUUUGGAGUUACUAGUCGAUUCUGGGAUGACAUCUUUGGCACCCAACUCACCCCUCCUCCUACCAAGAGGGCUUAG